UCCUCCUGAGGAAUAAUGGGAGGCUUUCACUCCAAUCUGGAUGAUAUCUUGGAGGCGGACAUGCACCACUGGUAUACCAAAUUCAUGAGGGAGUCUCCAUCAGGGCUCAUAACGCUCUUCGAACUCAAGACUAUGCUUGACAUGAACGGUAUGACAGAAGAGGCCGGCAGCUAUGUGGACCAGGUCUUCUUCACAUUUGACAUGGAUGGGGAUGGAUAUAUAGACUUUGUGGAAUAUAUUGCAGCAAUAAGUUUAUUACUGAAAGGAGAAAUUAACCAGAAACUAAAGUGGUACUUUAAGCUAUUUGAUCAAGAUGGAAACGGGAAAAUUGACAAGGAGGAGAUGGAGACCAUUUUCAAGGCUAUUCAAGAUAUCACCAGAAGUUAUGAGAUCCCUCCAGAGGAUAUUGUAACUCUUAUAUAUGCAAGGAUUGAUGUCCACGGAGAAGGUGAGCUGACGCUGGAGGAGUUCAUCAGUGGUGCCCGGGAUCAUCCCGACAUCAUGGACAUGCUAACCAAGAUGAUGGAUCUUACCAAUGUCCUGGAAAUCAUUCUCAAUGGUCAACAGAAGAAGUCUGUGAGCUGAAUAGAUAACGAAACCAGCUGGAUUGUGUGGACAGUUGAGAUCCUUUUUUGGAAGGUUUUCAGAAUGCAGCAGUGGUGAGGACAGUCUGUCUGCUUGAUUGGCCAAGUCCCAUUUCAAACUGCAGGGACUGAACUGAAUGAACUGACUGAGCAGACACAAUCUCUCACCUGAUGGAGAAAGACAAUUUGUCCUCUGCUUGUGCUCUCACAUUUCUUCAAUGGAGGCCCUUCAAUUCUGACAAGUUUUAAAACAUUUUUACAGGUUAUACGUCUGAAGAGUCUGAAUAAAGCAAGGCCCAUCUGCUUGCAGAAUCGCAUCAUUGUUUGAGUAGAGGGCAUGAAGCAGGGUGAAUAAAUCAAUUUGAUUGACUGUUUUAGGAACUUGUUGAGCCGCAAAAAUUAUAUGGGACUUUUGGUCUGUCAGACACAAGACAACUGCCAAACUGCAAAUUUUCUUACCAAACUUCAUUACAGAAAGCACUUCCUAUGCCAUCUAUGACAUAAUACCAGCAUGUGGUUAUUAAAACAUUCACUGAGAUUGGUUGUUCUUUGUUUUGUGUUGUCGCUUGUGGAAGAUAUGUGUGAAACUAAGCUGUUACUUGUAUAAAAACUGGAUUGAACUGAAUGCUUGACUAGAUUUUCCAAUAAUUAAGGUUACAAUGUUGCCUUAAAAAUCAAUACAAUGUUUUUGUUAAAAACAGUGUUUGUGUUCUUUUUUUCAAACUGGCAGUUUACUGUACCAUUCUUCUAUUUUUAUGCAGGAGUAGAAGUAAUACAACAUUUUCUUAAUGGGAUGUAUCAUUUCCCUCAAACUGGACUAUUUUCUAUUGAAUUGGUGGCUCCACAGUUUUUAAUGUUACCAUGUUUACUAAAUGGUUAUGCAUAGUACAUCACCAAAUGGUGUCAAUCAGGGUGAGAAACGUUAUGUAACACAGUGCAUGAGACCACAAUAUCACAUACAUGCAGCUUGCAGAAGCAGUACUUGUAGGUCAC